AUGCAUAAAAAUAAAAAUGAUAUCAAGGCAAUUAUAAUUCAGGUCAAAAAUUAUAAAGAUAAGCAAUCCAAAAACACAAUGAGGAGAAAAGCUGGACCACCACUUUCACCAGAGAUUGUUUUCCCUGAAGAGCUAGAAAAAUGUAUUGGAAAAAAUAAUUUAGGAAUAUAUUUGAAUAUUGGACAAGCAUAUGUGGAAGAACCUUUUAUUCAACCAUGUUUUUAUGAUGGGAAAAAAGUUAUCUUUGAUACUGAUCCAUCUAGAACAAUCACUACUCAUUCUCAAACACAAAAACUUGUUCUGGAAUCUUCUAUUUCAUGGAUUGAUCCAUUCAAUCAUACAAAAUCAUUCAAUUAUCAACAGAUUUUACAUCAGAUGAUGUUUCCUACUUAUGGCAAGAAAAGGUCAUUGGAUGAUGAAAAUGAUAUGGAUAUAUAG